CUUAUAUUUAACAUAAUAUUUUUACCACAUACGGCUGAUGAGGACUCAUCUGCAGAGAAUAUAUUUAGAGUGAUGGCGGCGGGGAGAGGAGGAGAUAUCGUCUCUGAGUUCCUCAGUCAGAAUCCACACCUGGAAAACUGGGUGGAAUCUUUAAGAGGACCCUGUGAGACAAAUAAGCAGUGGCAUGCCAGAAGAGAGUUUGUCCUGCGCAAUAUGGAGGACUUUCCUUCCAUCCAACCUGGGAUCCCAAGUCCUAGUUUAGACAGACUUCUGUCUCUGUCCAUGGUUUGGGCCAACCACGUGUUUUUGGGCUGUCGAUAUCCACAGCCUGUAAUGGACAAGGUAAAUGAGAUGGCAGAAGGAAUCACUGUGAUUGAAGCCCCUGUGCGAAAGACUAGAGAUGAAAUCAUGGGAAAAACAAAAAGACCUGCAGUUUCAGCAGUGGAUGCUGAUGAUUCCCAGAGUAAGAAGGCUAAACCCAAUGAUACAGAUGUUAAAGCUCAUGCGAAGACUGUUGGGCAUUCGGCUGCCAGUACUCUCAAAUCGGGCCCUCCGCCGGGGGCUCCUGCAGAACACCAGCCCUUUUUUAAUCGACUCUAUAAGGCAGUUGCUUGGAAGCUUGUGUCUGCUGGUGGCUUUGGCCCCAAUAUGGAACACUUUGAAAUCUUGCGCAGUUGUGUGGAGUCAUGUAAGGCCAGUCUUGCUUGUGUGUUUGUUCCACUCAAAGACAUUCCUGACCUGCCUAUGGGACGUACCCAGAAAGAAGGCCAGGUGUGUGAACUGCGCUGCUGCACCGUCUACAUGGGUACGGGCUACGGGCGUGAUGAGUGUGCCGCCAGGGCUAUGGCCUCCAAGGAAGCACUCAAAGUGUUUCAAGGGCAAAAAGUGACAGUGAAAGUUUGCCGCCGCAGGUUCCAAGGACAAGACGUUGACGAUUUGGUUCUGCUGGAUGAACAGUCCAGGAGCCAGGUUUUCCCUCCGGCUCUCAGCUACCCCUUUCAGGAAGACCAGUAGAGCUUCAUUCUGCCACAAUGACAUAAGGUUGUAGAUUCACUGUGGCAACUGUGAAAUCGUUUCCAAAGAGUUUCCUUUGUUUCAGUCAUUCUCAUUCAGAAUAGCACUGUGGAGAAGGACUGGUAGGAAUAUAGUAGUUUGUAAAAGUGAUCAAAAAAUGAGUUUUGCGCCUUGUAAAAUGCUUCCGCUGUUGCUUUAGAGUCUUGUUUGUGGUUUUGAAGUUUAGAUGGUUUAGAUCUUCAUGGUUGUUGAACAUCCAUAACUGUGGUUAUAGUUCAGUCUGACCUUGAAAAAUGUUGGUGGUUUCAAAAGCUGCUAUUUUAAUUGAUAAAUGUCAGUUGUCGAUAACUUUUGUUUUGUUUAUUUCUAAAACAUUACAUUGAGAAUAUACAGUCUGCAGUUGAAUCUGUGGUUGUGAUUGUCUAUGUCCAAUAUUCAAACAGAUAAUAUUCACAAAAAUAAAUCUUGGAUUAAUACAUGAAUGGUAA